AUGUCGCAGUACUAUCCACCAUCCGAUCACGAGCAUCGCUCGACGGAACGAUACAUUCCUGAUAACUACCAACACGACCGACCAGCGACACGCCCCUCCCGCGGGCCCUCUUUCAACAACGUAUCGAUUCCCUCCAUCCCUCCAAAUCCACAGCACAGCUCGUACGGCCCGCCACCCGUCCAACAACACCACCAACCACAACCGCCGCCAGCUGCACCCGGCACCUACCCACUCCAAUACCCACCGCCCGUCCAGCCUUACCCUGCGGCGAACCAACUCCACCCUGCCGCCAACCAACUCCAACCAUACCCCACCAACACGCCCCCGCAGCCACAAACAUACCCUCCAAACCCCCAAUACCAACAGCAGCAACAAUACCCUCCCAAUCCCCAAUACCAACAUCAACAACCAUCAUACCCCUACGAUCCCCACAACUCACCCCCAGGCCUCACCCCCUAUCCAGCCCCCCACCGCGCAAGCAUCGCAGACGCCGACCGGCCCACAAGCUCUCGCUCCCACAACAGCCACCGGUCCAACUCUUCAUCUUCCCCCGACCGCCACCACCGCCAUCGCGAUGAUCAAGACUACGACGAUGCGCCCAAGAAACACCAUCACCACCACAAGCAUGGCGAUUCUUCGUUGAAAAAGGUGGACUCGCAUCGCCCCACUAUUGGCGAUAGUCUGUUUGGCUUCUACGAUUUGGUCAAAGAUGCGUUGGGGCCGCGGGACAAGGCUUGA